UGCAAUAGAACGACAAGCCAAUCACGAUGCCUCCGAGGUCGUUGCCUACGCCAGUAUCAUCAGCGGAUAUGAAAGCCCAGGAACCUCCACCCCUAGCCUCCCUUCAGAUGCUGUUCGAACUACCACCACCUGCCAUUAUGCCAUCCAACGCUGCAGGCACACCUCCACAGACUCCGGAGAAAAGAUAUCCGAUGCAACCAAGCGAGACAGUCAAGUCACGAAGGCGUGCAGCAACCGUCACAGGCCCAUCCAGAAACGAUUUUGCACUCCCUCCCCCUCCUACGAGAUCACGCAAAAUCAUCCAGAUGAAGCCGCGUGAAGUUGCUGUUGCCCCACGACCUGCACCAACCUCCAAAGAUUCGACCACUGGCAAAUCGGGCUCGGAUCUUGUGUCCACCACAACGAAACCAGUGUCGACCACACCACCAGCGACAACAGGUGGCGCCACAAAGAAACAAUCGACUGCGGCAGGAAGGAAGAUAGCGAGAAAAACAGCACAUAGCUUGAUCGAGAGGAGAAGGAGAUCCAAGAUGAACGAAGAGUUUGCCCUUCUCAAAAGCAUGAUACCGGCAUGCACCGGCGAGAUGCAUAAGCUGGCUAUCCUUCAGGCCUCAAUAGAGUAUAUCAGAUACUUGGAAGAUUGUGUCGCUAAGCUCCAAGCCCGGCAUCAAUCCAGUCCAUCAGAGGAAGAAAGUGGGAUAAAGAGUCUUCCAACACCCUCUGGUCAUGAACCUUUCCAUCCUGAGGCUGUCUUUACCUUUGCAGCAAGACAAGAAGUUCGUUUAGAUGGCGACGUAGAGAUGUCGGACUCGUCAGGGGUUGAUUCACCGGCCUCUUCGCCUCCACUUGCCGCGAUCACCUCUUCCCACCAGCCAUCCGCAUCCCCGGGAAUACCACCCCAGCAGCCGUUAAGGGAUCGACAUGAUUCGAUCUCGUUAGCUUUGACAUCGACCGAUUACCAAAGACACUACAGCUUCAGUGGCUCAUCUGUUAUGGCCUCGCCUGCCGGCUUUGGCUCCGAGGGGCAUCUAUAUGGUGGCAACAGCAACAUGCACGACACGCGAGCCGCCUCGAUUUCGGGCCUAACACUGACUAGCCCUUACCUGGUAGCGCGAAAUGACCUUGACCAUGAAGCAACGGCUGCUCUUCUCAUGUUGAACCAACAGACACAACCGGAUAGGCGGAUGUCAACGACGAACAUCGACGGGCCCGCUGAAGCCGCAGCCACAGCCUCUGGAACCGUGAGAACAGGGCGGGGAAUGAGUGUCAGAGACUUGCUAAGCGCAUGA